CUCUUUUAGCUUCAACCCAUUUACUCAGGGUCUACCCGUCUCGUAGCUGGGCCAUUAACAGAGGCGGCGAUAUGGUUAGGGCCAAAGUGACGGGUCCGGCGUGCCUGGACCCGAGAAGCUCGUCUGUAAGCUAAUAACAGGCCGUUUCUCUGCCAUCGCAGGGCAAAAUGGCUCAGGAUAUGACAGAGAAGGAGCUGCUGAAGAUGGAACUUGAUCAGCUGAAAAAGGAGGUGAAGAAUGAGAGGCAAAUGAUCUCCAAGACUGGCAAAGAGCUCAAGGAAUACAUCGAGUCCAUGGCGGGAGAGGACCCGCUGUUGAAAGGUGUCCCCGAGGACAAGAACCCGUUCAAGGAGAAGGGCGGCUGUACGAUAAGCUGACCCCGCCGCCGCCGGGGCCCGGGGCCCUUCCCGCAACCCAGCCGAGACUGUAAGAAACCUGCUUUCCCUGUAGCCUGACCCCACACUGGGGAGGGGAGUCCAGACCCAAAAUGUAGCACAGCUAAAGGAUGACAAA